AAACUGCUUCUUCCUUCUUCCUUCUUCUCUCUAUGUAUCAUUUGGUGAGAUACUGGGGAAAUCGAUUUCUUGAAUCAUGGAGUUAAAAACUUCUUUCCUCUUCUUCUUCUUCUUGACACUUUUUCUUUUACCAAGAAUUGUUGAAUGCAAGAAUUCAAUGAGUCCCAGAGGACGAAUUCAACUGGAAAUCGAAAGAUCAAGAUUCAGGCUCCAGUGCCUCUAGAACUUCUGGGAAAAAUGAAGAAGAUGGCACUUUCAUUGUAUCCCCAGAAUCCAUUGGUGGGGAAUGGCACGCUGCCGUUCCAUUCCUUCAAUGGUUCAUCCGUUUCUAGUAAUGGGUGCUGGUCGAAGCAUCGCAAUGAUGUGAGCUACAAUCAGCUGCAGAAGUUUUGGUGUGAGCUGACACCACAAGCUCGAAGGAAUCUUCUUAGGAUAGAUAAGCAAACACUCUUUGAGCACGCUCGGAAGAACAUGUAUUUUUCUAGGUGCAAUGGUUUGUUGCUUGAAGGUUUUUUUCAGAUUGUCAUGUAUGGGAAGUCUCUACAGCAGGAUGCAGCCGGUGGCCGCUACAGUGCGAGAGCAACAGACAAUCAAAGUGAUGGAGACCUGUGUAUGGCAAAUGAACGCCAAGAUGAUGCUCAAGAUCCAUCUGUCCAUCCAUGGGGUGGAUUGACUGCGGUCAGGGAUGGGACACUCACGCUCUUGGAUUGCUAUCUUUACUCAAAGUCUUUAAAGGGGUUUCAAACUGUGUUUGACAGUGCUUGUGCAAGGGAAAGGGAACGUGAAUUGCUUUAUCUAGAUGCAUGUGGGGGAGGUGGACGAGGAUGGAUAAACCAAGGAAUUGCAGGAUAUGGUAGAGGUCAUGGAACAAGAGAAACAUGUGCUCUUCAUACUGCCAGAUUGUCUGUGGAGACUUUGGUGGACUUCUGGUCUGCGCUUGGGGAGGAGACUCGACACUCUCUUCUAAGAAUGAAAGAAAAGAUUUUAUUGAAAGGCUCAUGUAUAGAAUGGCUCAACAGACUGUUUGAGUUUGAAUUAGUUGAGGAUUCCCUUGUUUUGGAGAACGAUGGACAAUCAUGUUUCUCUUCGGAUUUGCUGCAUUAGAGCGCCUGAUAAUGUUCGCAGGAUGCAGAAACUUUCUCCUCAUGGGACAUUGCUGGGAAGCCGAUUAGCACCAUUAUCCACUUAUGGGCCAUCUAAAACAUUAAAGGCUGACAUUAGAUCGAAAGAUUGCAAUUGGAAGUCGACAUACUUGAAGGGAAUGGCUUUCCGUACAACACCUAACACUAUCGAAGACGAUCUCAAGUUCUCAACACAAGAGCUUUUCCUAAUUGUACGCACCAGUAUCCACCUGAUGAGUUCAAGUGAUUCUGAAUACGAGGCUCUCGAGGACAAAUGAGGAGUCUUGCCUACUGUAAAUUAGAAUUUUCUGUUAGUAUUUUAGCUUUUCUGGUAUUAAAAGUUAGGCGCCUUAGAAUUUUGAAGUCAUAGUCAGAAAGAUGUAAAAGGAAGGUUUCUCCAAGAAAAUGCAAUCCCACGUUGCUGGUUGAGAUGAAAUUUUAAUUUCGCAUAA